UUUAAAUAUUAAUUUUACAUUUAUAGAGCUUAUACGUAUUAUAUAAUCUAUACUUCUUUCCUUUUUUUGCUUAAUUUAACAUCAAGAAAUCAAAAUGCCUAAACUUAAUGUCGUAGUUAAAUGGAGUGGAAAAAAGUUCGAAAUGGAACUAGAUACUGACGAAUCACCCGAACUUUUCAAAACACAAAUCUAUUCACAAACUGGUGUACCUCCUGAACGUCAAAAGGUUUUAGUUAAAGGUGGUAUUUUAAAGGAUGAUACUGAUUUAAAUAAGUUGGGGUUAAAAGAAGGUCAUAGCUUUAUGAUGAUGGGCACAGCAGGUGAGCUUCCUAAACCUCCUCCAAAACCUGUUCAAUUUUUAGAAGACAUGACAGAAGCUGAAGUAGCUGAGGCUUUGGACAUUCCUGCUGGAUUGGAAAAUCUUGGUAAUACAUGUUAUAUGAAUGCUACUUUGCAAUGCAUGAAAGCUAUGCCUGAACUUCAAUCAUCCCUGGAGAAUUAUAAAGGUGGAAUAAAUGGUAUGGAUAAUCGUGGUAAUCUUAUAGCUAGUCUUCGUGAUCUUUUCAAUAAUCUUACCAAGUCUCCUAGUGGAUUUCCUCCUUUGAUCUUCUGGCAGAUGCUUCGUCAAUCUUUCCCACAAUUUUCUCAAACUGGUCAAGGAGGUAUUCCUAUGCAACAAGAUGCAGAAGAAUGUUGGAGUGAGCUUGUAUCAGUUUUGAAAACAAAGCUGCCUAAAGAGGAAGAUGAAAAGAACUUUAUUGAACGCUAUAUGACAGGCCAAUUACAAACAGAGACUACAUGUAUAGAAGCUCCUGAGGAAGAAAAAGUAGUUACUACGGAUACAUUCAACAAAUUAAGCUGCCAUAUUUCUAUAGAGACAAAUUAUAUGAUUCAUGGUAUAUUGGAUUCUUUAAAUGAACAAAUUGAGAAAACAUCGCCUACAUUGAAUCGUACAGCUACAUAUCAACGUAAAUCACGUAUCAGUAGACUUCCUCAAUAUUUACCUGUUCAAUUUGUACGCUUCUUUUGGAAAGCUCAAGAGCAAGUAAAAGCCAAAAUUUUACGUAAAGUGAAGUUCCCACUUGAAUUUGAUGCUACUGAACUUUGCACACUUGAACUUCAGAAAAAGUUUACUGAUGCUAAAGCAAAGUUGAAAGAAAUUGAAGAUAAAAAGAUUGCUAGAGAAAGAGAAGAAAAGCGUAGAAAGAUGAAUAAUGAUGAUAACAGCAGCAGUAGCAGCAAUACAAAUAUGGAUACAGAGGAUGAAAAGGUGAAUUGGGAAGAUUAUUUAGAUCCAGAGUUAAUUAAGGAUAUUGGUUGUAAUCCUACAGGUCAAUACGAGCUUGUUGCUGUUUUGACUCAUGUAGGUCGAUCUGCUGAUUCAGGUCAUUAUAUUGCUUGGGUUAAAAAGGCAGAAGAUGAAUGGCAUAAAUUUGAUGAUGAUAAGGUUUCUGUUGUUCGUGAUGCUGACAUUGAACGUCUUGAUGGCGGUGGUGAUUGGCAUACAGCUUAUAUUGUUUUAUAUAAAGCCAAAAAGCUUGAUUAAAAUUAUAAAGUACUUUAAUAGUAUAAUAAAAGUUUUGCUUUAGUGUUUAUAAUGAGAUAAA